GUGUUGGACCAUUAAUCCUAGGUUAACCUAUACCUUUUUAAUUUCAAAGGUUCUAAGGCACACACACCACGGGGCCCCUCUCUCGCCCUUUCUUUCUGUUUGAAUCGCGCCAUUGAUGAGGGAGCCCGAGGCUUGGGGAGCUUUUCUUCUUAUCAACGGGUACGUAUCUUUGGGAGAAAGAAAACGGUGAAGCUAAUGACUUUUGAUUCUUCAAUUGUACCUGUUCUUCAAUUCAAAUUGGUGUAACUAUACACUCCUUUCCGAAAGACCAUUUCGAAUUGGUUUCACACUCCAGUUGGAAAGAAGAUGCCCGAGAUGCAGAUAAUUUCUCACACAUUAAGAUCUCAUGGAGUCAAAGUGGCUAAAGUGCACAAGUAUGACUGGUUAAUUCUUGUACUUCUCGCGGCGGUUGAUCUAUCUUUGAAUUUUAUAGAGCCUUUUCAUCGUUUCGUUGGCGAAGAAAUGAUGACUGAUCUCAAAUACCCUUUUCAGAAAGACACCAUUCCUUUCUGGGCUGUUCCAAUUUACGCGGUACUCUUGCCUCUCUCCAUCUUUCUCGUGUACUACAUUUGCAGAAAGGAUGUUUAUGAUUUGCACCAUGCCAUAUUGGGUCUUUUCUAUUCUGUUCUCAUAACUCUUGUAAUAACGGAUGCAAUCAAGGAUGCUGUUGGCCGCCCGCGUCCAAACUUCUUCUGGCGGUGCUUCCCUAAUGGAAUAGGUGUAUAUGAUCCAAACACUAACAAUGCUAUCUGCACUGGAGAGAAAAAGAUUAUAAAGGAAGGACAUAAAAGCUUUCCUAGCGGGCAUACUUCAGUUUCAUUUGCAGGUCUUGGUUUUCUUGCAUGGUAUUUAUCGGGGAAGAUCAAAGUGUUUGACCGUAGAGGCCAUUCCGCAAAGCUCUGCAUUGUAUUUCUGCCGUUACUCUGUGCUGCUCUCGUGGGAAUCUCUCGUGUGGAUGACUACUGGCAUCAUUGGCAGGACGUCUUUGCUGGAGGUCUUAUAGGAAUUGUCAUAGCUUCGAUUUGUUACUUGCAAUCCUUCCCUCUCCCAAACCAGCGGGAUGGGUGGGCACCUCAUGCGUAUUUCCUCAUGCUGGAUGCGGAGAGGAAUGUUGACGAGUCCUUAUCUCCAGCCACGAGGGUUAACUCUCUUCGUAUGCGAAGAACAGAUAUCGAGAGUCCAGGCUCAAGUCCAUAAGAUUCAAGUCCGCCAGUCCAUCAGUUACUGGAAGAAGGAUAAGAUACUGAGUUGAGUUUGUAUGUCAAAAGAAAUUGUAUAGAAGGUAUAUAUUAUACAUUUUGUAUACGUGACGCAGUACUUCAUUUGAUGACUCCAUAUCGUAUCUGUAAGCUCCUAAGUUCCUGACAUCAUCAUUAUUCAAUGAAAUGCCUUUCUUUCCAA